AUAACAGUAAAGGGACAUUGAAGACAUGAAUUGGGCAGAGAGGGUGUUCGAUGAAAGGUAACGAAAGAUGAACGCGUUGAAGUGUAGAUUAUUGCACACUCUUCGUGGUGGUGUGCCGACAGAAGCAUUGAAGAGAAGAGCGUUGGAAUUGGAGAAGAAAAGGAAGAUGAGGCAACCCAAGAGCAAGGACCAGUUUAUCGUUACAGUUCCCGAAUCCCUGUCAUACCUCGACACCGCCACCAUGCCCAUGGUUGUCGCCGUCGUCGGAAUCGCUCUCCUCGCCAAACUCCUCAUGAUGUAUGAUGAAUCUAAAUCCCAAGAGCUGUUGGAGCGUAAGAUAAAGAAUGCUCCUGAAGGUCAAGGCACCGUUAGAAUGGUCACCCGAGAGGAGUGGGAGAAGUUUCGAGAAAUCAGGCCCAGAACUCCGUUUGAGUCCACUUUAUCGCGCCCUAAUUCCAGAAUAAGAACCGGAGAACCAUUGCGCAUGGAGGAUGUAAAGGAUUGGACAACUGAUGUUCUCAUGGAUGCUCUUCACAGAGUAGAAGAGUAUGGUAAGCAUGGUUCUAAGUAAUGUAACUAGUCCUCCGAUUAACCUCAAAUUACCCUUUUUGCUUUUUAAUUUUAGUGGCUCGAAUUUUGUUGUAUCUUUGGUUGAACAUGUUUUAUGUACCAAAAAUAUACAAGAUAAUUGCUGUGUACGGGCAUCAUAGCAGAAACUUUGAUCCGAAAAGUACCUAAACCUGUAGUUGUAGAUGCCGGUGUCACUCAGAAAUAACGUAUUAGUUGGUUGUUUUUGUAUAUUAUUGACAAAUUACCCCAUUAAUAAUAAUUUCUUGAUUUAAAAGUAA